UCAAGCGUCGGGGACGAUGAGAGUCCGGUCGGUCAGUCCUACYGACCGACCUACAGACGCACCGACACGCAGCCGAACACUCCGGUCUGACGGGACUAACUUCUCACUUCAUUUCUCCAAAAGGUAAAAAAACAUCAAAGAAAACAAAAGCAACAGCUGGAGCUGCACGAGGAGAGGACUUUUAUUUUGAAAGCGCGUGUGUGGCUCUUGUUAAUCAUCACACCUGAGAAGGAGGAGAAGAAAUAAAAACAUCAGUUAGUGUUUCCUCUCUGAGGUGAAGGAGAGUUUUACCGGAUCACCGGAGGAUUAACGGAAGCUGGAGCCUCCGGAGGAGUAAAGAAGUUGGGAAGAUGUCGGAGGAAGCGGAGCAGACGGAGUGAAGCUGCCCGGUGCGCACGUUCCUCUCUCCGGCUGGACUGAAGCGCGCCUGCCGCUCCUCAUCACCACCACCAGCACCAUCAUCACCACCAUCACCACCACCACCACCACCAUCAUCAUCAUCGCUCUGCUUGGAUGUAAAAAACCCAAAACAAGCUUCUUCCUCCAAGAUCUUCUUCAAACACUUUUACGCGGAGUUCCUGCGCUCAUGGAGCGGCCACCUCGCGCCUCCUCUCCGGAUGGGAUGCGUCAGCUGUGAUGCUGAUGGUGUGACAUAAAAGAAACUCAAAAAACAGCACAAAAACUAAUCCGCAGUUUUUCCAACGCAGGAGUUUCACAUCUGGUAAACUGGGCCAGUCAGCAGCAGGAUCAGGAUGAGAAGAUGGCUGGCUGUGUGUUUCCAAUGGGACCAGAGAGCUUUCAGCGCUUCACGCCGGACUCCCUGGCGGCCAUCGAGCAGCGCAUCGCCCAGGAGAGGGCCCGACGCAGCAAACACUACCAGGAGGACCUGGGCGACGUGGUGCUCCCCCGGCGCCGGCCCGACCUGGAGGCAGGAAAACAGCUGCCGCGCAUCUUCGCCGACAUCCCGUCUCAUCUGGUGGGUGUUCCCCUGGAGGACAUCGACCAGUACUACUUCAAAGACAAGAGGACCUUCAUAGUCCUGAACAAAGGGAAGGCCAUCUUCCGCUUCACUGCCACGUCAGCUCUCUACAUCUUCAGCCCUUUCAACCCCAUCCGCAGAAUCGCCAUCAAGAUCCUGGUCCACUCAUAUCCUUACACUACUGCUGCUACUGUAUGUACUCCUGCAUGACGUCUUAUGAUGUGCUGCUGACUGCGGGGAAAU